UCUGUCGGAAUUGCUUCAUUGCUAUUGAAAUUUGAGCAGCACAAAUCUUCACCGUCCAAAAUAUGUUUCACCUAAAAUCAUAAAACAAAAUGCAAGUUUGUCAACGGUGAAAGAUGGAACUCCAUGACCCUACAGUUAUGCCACAACCCUAGAGGAUAGCAUUCCUUUUCCGUUUCUCUGUAGAAUCAGUAUCCUGGUUCCUCGAUUCACAACGUGCUUGUUUCUUCUUCUUCAUCAUCUUCUUCUUCCUCUGCUCUUGUUUCUUGCCUUCCGAAACCUCGUACAAAUCAAGGGUUCUUCUCUAGUGUUUCAAUCUCCUUAUGGAUUCUUCUUCUGAUCACUCUCCUUCAUCAUCUCUUCAUUCUACUGGAGAUGUUCAAAACGUUAAGUUCUGUCAAUGGUGUGGUGGUCCAACGAAGCCUGGAAUACCUGAAGGAGAAGAAAGAUUCAGAGCCAUAUGUACCAGCUGUGGGAAGAUUGCAUAUCAGAAUCCAAAAAUGGUAGUCGGUUGCCUCAUUGAACACGAUAACAAGGUCCUCCUUUGCAAGAGGAAGAUUGAACCAUCUUAUGGCCUAUGGACACUUCCUGCUGGUUAUCUGGAAAUGGGAGAGUCAGCUAGGGAAGGUGCCAUCAGGGAAACGAGGGAAGAAGCCAAUGCUGAGGUGGAAGUGAUUUCUCCCUUUGCUCAGUUAGAUAUUCCUUUAAUUGGCCAGACUUAUAUAAUCUUCUUAGCAAGGUUGAAGAACCCACAUUUUUCACCUGGCCCAGAAUCAUCAGAAUGCCAGCUUUUCCCUCUCAAUGAAAUACCUUUCAACUCUCUAUCCUUUUCCUCAAUGGUGGUCACUUUAAAUUUGUAUGUUGAAGAUAAAAAAGCAGGAGGAAAGCCUAAAUUCCAUUAUGGUACCAUUAACAAAAGGCCUGGUACCAGUGCUUCUGAUAUUCAUGCGUAUACUCUGGAUCAUCACAUGCAGUCAUGAUUCGUUAGGAUCUGCUCAAAGCGAUUCAAAUAUAUGAUGAAGCUGUGGAUUCAGGAACUCCUCAUUAUACAAGUCUUUCGUUGCUAGAUCCUGCAUUCCAGAUAUUUAAAUACGAAAAAUUCAAACAUUGAUGAAACUAUUGGAAGAUUAAUGAUAACAAUCCCUGCUAUUAUAUCAAGAUUCCAGUUGUUAAUUAUCAAAAGGAAUUUUUUUUUUCAUUUGAAUCCCAAUUCUUUGUUCAGUCGGAA